AUGAUGAUAAAAACAACAGCAAAGAGUGCUCCGGAGAGAGAACAAGAGAUCUUAAAUCUGAUCAGGAAAGCUGACUUCAACAAUGACCAAUUUGUCAAGGAUUUUGGAAUCUCGAUAGAAGACAAGAUGGUGGAACUUCAAGGGCGGGUGCUGCAAGCACCUAAGCUGCAGUAUGGCGGAAAGGACAAACUGAAAAUUUCCCCAAAACAAGGUACAGUGAACAAUUUUGUGAAAAAUCACUUAAUGGUGGUAAUAAUGAAGAAUCAAUUUAAAGGCUAUACCCAGGUGAACCGGCUGAAACUUGCUUAUGUAAACACGGCACUCGUUCUUUGGUUAAUAAAAUUAUUCUUGAAGUACGGGAAGUUGUUUGAAGUGCAAGAGAUGAAAGAGAUUUGUCGUGUUGUUUUAUCUUGUCAGGUUGAGCCCAUGUUUAAACAUUUGAAAUCCACCUUUGCCAAUCUUCAGCUCAUUAUUCUUGUGUUGCCCGGAAAAACACCAGUAUAUGCUGAAGUCAAACGAGUUGGAGAUACAAUGCUAGGAAUCGCCACACAGAGUGUUCAAUCUAAGAAUGUCACCAGGUUUCAAGCUCAAACAUUGUCCAAUCUGUGUUUAAAAAUAAAUGCCAAGCUUGGAGGAAUAAACAAUAUUUUGGCCCCAGAUAUUCGACUUCCUGUAUUUCGCGAACCUGUGAUAUUUCUUGGAGCUGAUGUAACUCACCCAGCAGCUGGGGAUGAAAAACGACCUUCAAUUGCUGCAGUUGUCGGAAGUAUGGAUGCUCAUCCCAGCCGGUACUGCGCUUCAGUUCGAGUUCAGACACAUCGCCAGGAAAUCAUUGCCGAAUUAGCGGCCAUGGUUCGUGAGCUGUUGAUUCAGUUUUAUCGUUCGACAAGACACAAGCCAGUCAGGAUCAUUUUCUAUCGUGAUGGAGUCAGUGAAGGCCAGUUUAGACAGGUACUGUGUCACGAACUAAAAGCCAUCCGUGAGGCUUGUAUCAAGCUGGAGGUUGGGUACCAGCCGGGCAUCACUUUCAUUGUUGUGCAAAAAAGACACCACACUAGAUUUUUCUGUCAGGAUAAAGAGGAUAUGGUAUGGGUUAUGAAACUGGCGCACCAUGUUUUAUCGCUAAGCUUUGUAAUAUCUAACUGUAAAUUUUAGG